CCUCUACUUUCCCGCCGGAACAGCCACGCACGCUGUCAAAGGCUCGUGGACUCCCGCAAUUUCACGCUUCCCAUUUACAGCGUGCGUACACACACACGCUCCAGCUGUUUGAGGGCGCACCUCCAUUGUUUCCCGGCAAAGGAGGAUCAGGCUAAUUUAAACUUUCCCUAUUGAACAUUCAGCCGCGCUCUGAUUGGCGCAAAAGUGUGGGAAACAGAGGACGAGGAGGAUCAGGGCGUAUAUAACGGGACACUCGAGCAGCAGAAGAAACACACUCGAUUACCACAGCAAGAAUGGCUCCUACUGUUUGCAAACCGACUCAGGCUGGCAAGGAUAAAACUAAAAUGAGGAAACCAGUGGUGGAAAAGAUGCGCAGAGAUCGUAUAAACAAAUGCAUCGAGCAGCUGAAAGUCCUUCUGAAAGCUGAGAUUAAAGCCAGCCAGCCCUGUUCUAAACUAGAGAAGGCUGACGUCUUGGAAAUGGCUGUCGUUUACCUGAAGAACAACACCUGGCGGCCGUCGUGUCCCGAAGCGGACGCGCAUGCGCAGAGCUACGCGAAUGGUUUCUCCAGGUGUAUAGAGGAGACGGCGCGAUUCCUGUCGCUUCACAACCAGAUCGCCAAGCCAGUUUUAACGGGACAGUUUGACAGGACCCAGCGAGCUGAAAUGAAAGCGGAAGACAGCUGUCAGAUCUCCUCAAAGAGCGCCGGAGAUCAUGCGCUUUGGAGACCCUGGUGAUCUGUAGAGAAGAGAUGGUUUUCUCUAUCGAAGUAAAACAUUGUUUUUAUAAAACGUCGAUGUAGACAGCAGCUGUCAAUGACGCGGAGAAUGUACCAGUCUACCCCAUGCCUGAGUCUGAGAGCACGUAUCUUUUGCUUUUACUUCACCGGAGUGGAGAUGAACUUUAUUUACAUAUUGUAAAAAUGAGGACUACGUCACCUCAGUGUGUUUCUGUCGAAAAUGAUCUUUUUAAUGAGAUCUGUAACCUUUGGAGGUGUUAAAUCUGUCAUAUUGAUGGAGUGUGUGUGUGUGUCUCAUGUUGAGCUCAGAAAAAAUAAAUUUAAA